CUCCUCUUCGGCCUCCUCCUCAACCUCCAUCUCAGCCUUUUCCUCAACCUCCACCUUCACCUCAGCCUCCUCUUCAGCCUCUAUCUCAGCCCCUUCCUCAGCCUCCACCUUCACCUCAGCCUCCACCUUCACCUCAUCCUCCUCAGCCUCCUCCUCAGCCUCCAUCUCAGCCUCCACCUUCACCUUGGCAUCCUCAGCCUCUUCCUCAGCCCCCCUCCUCAGCCUCCCCCUCAGCCUCCCCCUCAGCCUCCCCCUCAGCCUCCCCCUCAGCCUCCUCCUGCCCCAGGGCCACCCUAAGAGGGCUCGAAGGCCGAGGGGUCCGCCCCAUCCUCCCUGACGGGGACCGCGGCUUCAGGCUGGGAAGGCAAGCGGCAGCCUCCCUCCCCUCCAUCUGCCUCCCUCCGCCUCCCCUCCCACUUCAUUCUGAAGCGUAUGGAAUUUAAACAUCUUUGUGAUAAUGGACAUCAGGAAAAUGAUUGGCAAAACGCUUCAGCCUGCAAGACCACUUCGCCAUCCAUCUUCCUCCCAAGAAUCAACAUUCAAUUUUAACUAUCAAAAUGAAUACCCACCUAGCACUCAAGUUUUACAAAGUGGAGUUAACAUGCAGUGUAAGACUAAUUGGGUGCAAACCUUCCCUCCAGAUCUUAACAACCCUCAACCGAGUCAAACUCCAGUGAAAAAAGAAAGAAUUAAAUACAGUAGAGAUUUCCUGUUGAAGUUCGCAAAUACUUCCAUCUGUCAAAAGAAACCUGACUUCCUUCCUGAUCAUCCUGUUAUACUUCCAAACCCAGAGUGUUUAGGUGAUGACAUUUUUCAGCAACCGAUUCAGAACUCCCAAUUCAGGAAUACUGUGGAAAACAGUCAAAAUAUUUAAGUAGCAUUGAUGAAAAUGCAAGCUUUGAAGAUGAGGAAUCACUCAGUUUGUAUUUUGGAAAACCACAAAUGAAGUGAAUGUCGAAACAAUAACUGCAAUGGACUGAAAAAAAAAUCUGAUUGGUUUCAUUUUAAUGACUUACUAUUUGACAUUCUCCUCUAAUGAGUAAGAAGUAUUUUCAACUCUAAAGACCUCAUUUUUCAUCACCUUCGAUUUUUGCUGCCUUAACACCUGCAGUAUUUGGAGAAUAAAAUUAAAAAAUAGUUCACUAACUAUAACUUAGUAAAGUAGGAAUACCAGUAGGUAUUCCUGAUUUGCAUUUUGUUCGCUGUUUUUUCCUUCAUCAUUUGUAACACAUUUGGAAAUACAAGCUGUGUAACAGUAGCACACAUUUUGUAUUUCAGACUAUAUACAAAAUACGCCUCUUACAGCAUUCGAAAUUGUAAAAUGAAGUUCUUGUUUGCAGUAUUCUUGUACAUACCUAAGCAGGUUGGGCAAAAUUUGAUGCAGUAAAUUUAGUGAUAUGAGGGACAUGCCACUGACAGGAGGGGCUUUGUUGGAACCACUGACUAUCGUUAAAUGUUCAAUUUCAAAAUUCCCACAGAUACUAGCCAAGGUUUUAUUAGGUGGAAAUCGUAAUGAUCCUGCAGGAUGGAAAAGGGUAACUGAGAAAAAAUGUGAUCUAUACAAUAUAUUUAACUAAAAGUUAAAGUUUAAGUUAAACAUUGAGAGUGUGCAUUAAUACGACAUUUGCUUCCACCAGGGGGAAACAACUUUUAAUAUUUACAUCUCACUUGAUGUAUAAUAUGUCAACCUUUUUAUUCCUCUCUACAAUUUUAGGAAAGAAUAUAUGAAUGAUAGUUUGAAAACUCUUA